UUGCUAAACCAGCCCCUCGAUAUCUUGUUCGAAAUAUCAGAAUUCCUUCCUCCAGAGUCGGUUGCGGCGUUGUCGCUCACCUGCAAGUCUGCGUUCUACGUACUGUUUCCUGUCUCGAAGAGCAGUCUGCACGACUCCAGCCUGGAAAAUCUCCUCCUGCUCCUGGAGAAGGACCUAAGGCGUCAUUUCUUCUAUUGCUACUGCUGCCUCCGAUUACACCGUUUCUCGUCGUAUUGGGCACCAUGCCAGAGAUAUCUGAGACAUCUUGACCUUCCCUGCAGACCCGAGGUCGGUUGGGUUUCAUCACGUCCGUCUCGUGAGGAAUGCGCAUUACUUUGGCCUGGCCGAGGACUGCGUCUAAGCCAGCUUGAGUUUGAGAUUCGGCCUUCCGUCAACGGCUGGGUAAUCAAGUCAUCGGCUAGGAUCAUAGAAGACGUGUUAUUUCUCUCCUUUUUGCACACGCUUGUACUACGCGGAACUCCUCAUCAUAACCGUGACGUACUGGAGUACCUCCACCACCACCAUAUCUGCCACCAUAUCACGACGCAUCGACCUACAGUCAACCAUUGGGGCAAACUCCCUACAAGGAUACCAGAGCUGUCCCCAUGGGACGGCCGUGGCCCCUUCAGCUACAUCAAGCAGUGUUGGAGCGCGCCAGGGUCGUGUCUAGUUUGCUUAACGGACUUCACAACCACCAUCGAGCGACGACCAGUACACCUCGCCAAGAAGCCAGGACAGGAGUUGUGGACUAUCACCAUCCUCUCGUACCACCAGGUUGGCCACUGCCGGUCGCCGCUCGGCUGCAAAUGGGACACAGUCGCAACAGGACAGCCGUCG